CACAAAAUCAUUACUUGGAUCUUGACUUGUGUUGACAAUGCUACUAGCGGGCAAAUCUCUAAAUUAAAUUCUGCCCUAGAAGCUUGGGAAUAUCUAAAGAAAACUCAUACCAUGAGAGAUGUUGCUUAUAUGCAUCAUGUUCAACUCAAAAUUCACAAUCUUCAACAAGGAGAUAGAUCCAUUAAAGAUUAUGUGGCUGAAAUGGAUCAAUUGUAUGAUGAAUUGAGUAUUUUUGAACCACAUUGGACACAAGAUCUUAUUCUUAGAGAAAAGCAAAUACAACGUGAGAAGUUUUACAAGUUUAUCAUAGGUCUUAGACCGGAAUUUGAUGGUGUCAAAACCGCUUUACUUCAUCGUUCUAAAACACCAUCUAUGAAUGAGGCUAUUGCGGAACUUCAAAUGGAGGAAAAUCGUCUUUGUCUUGAUAAAGAGAAAGUCAACAAUGUGCUUGCCACAUCUACGCCGGGGGCCCACUUGAGACCUUAUAGACCUCCUCACUUCAAUCGUACAAAUGAAGGAACAAGGAGAAAAAUUAUUUGCUAUCAUUGUCAAGAAGAAGGACAUACCAAGCCAAGAUGUCCAAAACUUAGAAUUUUUGAUAAAAGAAGCAAUGUUGCGGCUCAAAUUCAAGAAGAUAAGAAAGAAGCAAGUUCAUUCCAACUUGAGCAACUCAUAAGUGCUCUUCAACCUUUUCUAAAAGGAGGAAGCACACCUUCGACUUUGGGAGCGACCGUGGCAUCUACUUCUUCAAGAUCGGAUAUCCAAGAAGAUGAUUGGGGAAGGUUUUAGAACAAAUAAUCUCUACUACAUAGACUUUUUGGACCUUUCAAGACCAUCUUGCAAUAUCUCCAAAGAAUGUGACAUUCAAACUUGGCAUCAAAGACUUGGACAUUCAAAUAUAGAAAAAAUGUCUCAUCUUCCAUUCAUGGAGAAUUUUUGUCAAAAGAACUUUGAUUGUAAUGAUUGUAUUAAGGCUAAAAUGAAAGCCUUACCUUUUGAUAAUAGAAAUUUUAUUGCCCAAAAAUCUUUUGAUUUGGUGCAUUCGGAUGUGUGGGGACCCGCUCCUAUUAUGUCAAAAGGAGGAUUAUUGUACUAUGUGAUCUUUAUUGAUGAUUAUUCUAGGCAUACUUGGGUUUAUUUUCUCAAGCACAAAUCGGAAGUAUUCACAAACUUUAAGAAUUUCUACAACAUGAUCUAUACCCAAUUUGGCUCAAAUAUCAAAGUCUUUAGAAGUGAUUCGGGAGGAGAAUUUAUGUCAAAUGAAUUUCAACAAUUUCUAAAAGAAAAAGACAUUGUUUAUCAAAGAUCUUGUCCUAACACUCCACAACAAAACGGAGUGGCCGAACGUAAACAUAGGCACAUUAUUGAAACUACUAGAGCCCUUCUUUUAUCUAAAAAUGUUCCCAAAAACUUUUGGGCCGAGGCUGUUUUGACUUCAACCUAUUUAAUUAAUAGAAUGCCUACCAAACUUUUGAAACAUAUUUCU